ACGACGUGUUCACAGUGGGAGUGGCCAACGUGACACGAUGGAGUGCGAGCUGGCGGGGGCUGCUGGCGGCAGGCGCCGAUGCAUGGUGCGUGCAGGAGGCCCGCAUCCCAGCUCGGCAGGCGUCGUCCACCUCAGCGGAUGCGUGGACGCGCGGUCUGCGGCUCCAGGUGGGGCCCGAGCACGACGGCGAUCAUCUGCUGGCCGUCGCUCACCGGCCAGGCCGCUGCGGGGUCCGGGCGGAGCCGCCGCUGGGCGUGUCGUGCAGGCACCCGGGGCGCCUCCAGCACAUGGUGAUCUACUUCGGGCAGGCCCGGGCCGUUCACUUCAUGAACUGCUACGGCUACGCGGGCGGUAGGUGCGAUGAGGAGCGCAACGCCGACCUGAUCCUCGAAGGCUUGCAGUGGCUGCGUGGCCUCGGCGCGGUGCCAGCCUUCCUCGUGGGGGAUCUGAACUGCAGCCUGGAGGCCGUGGGCCUCUCGGGAGUGCUGGCCAUGGCAGGCUGGCGCGACCUGCUGGCCGCGGCAGGGCCCACCUGCGUGCCCACCCACGGCACCCCCUCCCGCCUCGACUACAUCCUGGCCAACGCCGAGGCCAUGAGCAUGGUCGAUCGAGUCAGCAUCCGUUGGGACCUCGGGCUGGCCAUGCACGCGGCGCUGCUGGUGACCUUCCGGGCCAGCCCGCCCGAGCAGGCGUGGGUCCGGCAGCCGGUCCCAGCCCUCGAUGACACUGCCGCCGACGGCUGGAGCCCAGCAGUUGCACGGGAUGUCACGGCGGCGGUGGUGGCGCAGUACGAGGCGCCGUACCGCGAGGCGCUCAGGGCGCAGGACCUGGCGGCGGCGUGGGCGGUGCUCAGCAUGACCAUGCGGACGUGGCUGGCGGCGCGGCAGGGGCGACCUGCGGUGCCCGAGCGGCCGCAUGCGGCUGCAGUGCUGCGCGCGGAGCGGGCUCCUGCGGCUGGAGGCGGCGGCGAGGCGGCAGAUGCGGCUGCAGACGCGGCUUUGCUGAGGCUACGGCGCCUGCGCGGGCUGCGACACGCGAUGGCCCGCGGCAGCGUCGCGGCGAGAGGCGUGGCAGGGGAGACGCUCACGGCGCUGCGGGCCGCGGACGCGGGUGAUGCCGCCUGGGAGCCGCGGUUGGCGGCGGUGCAGCUGGACGCCGCGCUCCCGGAGGCUCUGGUGCAGCUCGCGGAGGCUGACUGGGCGUCGGCCCGCUCUGCGGCACGCGAGCGAAGGCAACUCGAGUGGCGCCGGUGGGUCGACGAGUCCUUGGCGAACGCGCAGGGCCGCCUCUACAGGUGGAUCCGCGGCGGUGGCACGCUGGACGCGGAGCUCGUGCCCGACCCCGCGGCCCAUGCAGUGGCGCCGAACUCCGCGCCCGGACGGCGCUCCUGGCUGCUUGCUCUACGCGGCGGGCCUGCCGCCAAGCUUCGAUUCUAUGAGGGCCCCUGGCGGCAGCUCUGGCAGCGGCAGGCAGAUGACAUCAGCUGGCUGCUCCGCCACAUGCCCAAGCGGAAGAAGCCGGGUCUCGACGGCUGGACGGUGGCAGAGUUGCGCCUCUUGCCCCAGGAGCUGCUGGGCUGGGUAGCUGAUUUCUUCGAGGCCCAGAGGUUCAACUGGGGGCCGAAGAGCUGGCUUGGGAACUUGCCUUAG